GACACACGGAUAAUACCACACCACGGCUGGGAAGAUGGUUUUUCUGCGGCAUAUGGUUACCCUUUAUACUCUGAGCGUCUUUAGCGGAGCAUCCGCCGCCACUCACUAUAAUUGCAAUGGUCCUCUGAUAUCCACGUUACCCCAUUCAUCCUUUCAGAGCUCCUCUCAGUCCACAAUCAGUUAUGCUGCUUACAACGCCAAGCUCAACAGAAGAGAUGGAGCAGGAGGCUGGUCUCCCAUGGUGACUGACCAAGAACCCUGGCUCCAGGUGGACCUCAGGGAGCAGAUGGAGGUGACGGCUGUGGCUACGCAGGGACGUUAUGACAGCUGGGACUGGGUCAGCAGUUACCUGCUGCUCUACAGUGACACGGGCCGGGCCUGGAAGCAGUACAGACAAGAGGACAGUGUGGGGAGAUUUGUCGGGAACGUGAAUUCGGAGGCUGUUGUCCAGAACAAACUGUCCCACCCAGUGAGAACGCGUUUCCUGCGUUUCGUCCCUCUCGAUUGGAACCCCAGUGGCUGGAUGGGCCUCAGAGUGGAGGUGUAUGGCUGUUCCUACAAGUCAUAUGUGGCAGACUUUGAUGGCAGAAGCUCAUUACUGUAUCGAUUCAACCAAAAGUCCAUGUCAACGGUGAAGGACGUGAUCUCUCUGCGUUUCAAGAGUCAUCAGGCCGAGGGUGUUUUGCUGCAUGGAGAGGGGCAAAGAGGAGAUUACAUCACCCUGGAGCUUCACAGGGGAAGACUGGACCUCUACCUCAACUUAGACGACAGCAGGCUGAGGUUCACCAGCGGUCGUGUUGCUGUCACUGUGGGCAGUCUGCUGGAUGACCAGCACUGGCACUCUGUUCAUAUAGAGCGCUUCAACAAGCAGGUUAACCUCACAGUGGACUCCCACACACAGCACUUCCAAACAAAAGGAGAAGGACACUCACUGGAGGUGGACUACGAGCUGAGUUUUGGAGGCAUCCCACUGCCUGGUAAACCUGGCACCUUUUUGAGGAAGAACUUCCACGGCUGCAUGGAAAACCUCUACUACAACGGAAUCAAUAUCAUAGACUUGGCAAAGAGACGAAAGCCACAGAUACACAGCGUGGGCAAUGUGACCUUCUCAUGUUCGCAACCCCAGCUGGUGGCCUGCACCUUUCUGAGCUCCAGCAGCAGUUUCCUGUCACUUUCAUCAGCAGCAUCUGCCACAGGGGGUUUCUCUGUUCGCUUCCAGUUGAGGACGUGGAACCCAGACGGGCUGCUGCUCUCCGUGCAGCUGAACCCGGAGCCCCAGAGACUGGAGCUGCUGAUCAGCAACAGCCGGCUGCACCUGACCCUUCACAGCACAGGACGACAGAAAUCAGAGGUCUCUGCUGGUCACAAAGUCAACGACGGUCUGUGGCACUCUGUGAGUCUCAACACAAGGAAUUUACAGAUCACUUUGACUGUGGAUGGUGAGCCAUCCUCCACAAUUGAACUGUGGGAACAACUGGAAUCAAGAGGCAGCUUUUACUUUGGAGGCUGUCCCACUAUGGACUGUCAGUACCUGACCCCAGCCUUCCAGGGUUGUAUGCGGCUCAUAUUCAUCAACAGCCAGCCAAUGAAUCUCAAUCAUGUACAGCAAGGAUUGCUGGGAAAUUCUAAUGAGCUUCAGUUUGACACCUGCAAUAUAAGAGACAGAUGCCUUCCUAACCUGUGUGAACAUGGAGGCCGCUGCUCUCAGACUUGGAGUUCCUUCUCCUGCGACUGUUCGGGAACCGGAUACUCUGGAGCAACCUGUCACAACUCCAUCUAUGAGUCGUCUUGUGAGGCCUACAAGCUGAUUGGCAGCUCCUCAGGCUUCUACUCCAUUGAUCCAGAUGGGAGUGGUCCCCUAGGGCCCACACAGGUAUACUGCAACAUGACAGAGGAGAAGGUGUGGACAGUGUUGACACACAACAGCACAGCUCCAGUUACAGUCAAGGGCUCCUCUCUACUCAAACCUCACAUCAUGAAGUUCAACUACAGCACCUCAGCUGAACAACUUCGUGCAAUUGUGUCAGGGUCAGAGCAGUGCCAACAGGAAGUGAUUUACAACUGCAAGAAGUCCCAUCUCUUUAAUACAAAAGAUGGCAGUCCGCUGUCCUGGUGGCUGGACCGGGAAGGAGAGAGACGAAGCUACUGGGGAGGCUUCUUGUCUGGAGUUCAGCAGUGCUCCUGCAGCCUGGAGGGGAACUGCAUCGACAUGAACUACUUCUGCAACUGUGACUCUGAUACAGACGCAUGGGCUAAUGACACAGGAAUCCUCUCCUAUAAAGACCACCUACCAGUGAGCCAGAUUGUGAUUGGAGACACCAACAGAACGGGCUCACAGGCCGUCUACCACAUAGGACCUCUGCGUUGUUAUGGAGACAAAUCUAUAUGGAAUGCAGCAUCUUUCUACCAGGAGUCCUCCUACCUCUACUUCCCCACCCUACAGGCAGAGCUCGCCUCUGAUAUCUCCUUCUACUUCAAGACUAGCACUCCUUCAGGAGUGUUUCUGGAGAACCUGGGCCUCAAGAACUUCAUCAGAGUGGAGCUCAGCUAUCCCUCAGUGGUGACUUUCUCCUUUGAUGUGGGAAACGGUCCAGUGGUCCUGUCCGUGAAGUCUCACCUCCCUCUGAAUGACAGACAGUGGCACUACGUGAGGGCAGAGCGCAAUGUGAAGGAGGCCUCCCUGCAGGUCGACCAGCUUCCCCUCCGCUUCCUGGAGGCUCCAGCUGACGGACACCCCCGUUUACGGCUCAGCAGCCAGCUGUUUGUAGGAGGAACAGCGUCCCUGCAGAGGGGCUUCCUGGGCUGCAUCAGGACUCUGACCAUCAAUGGCGUGAGCUUUGAUCUGGAGGAGAGGGCCAAAAUGACGCCAGGGGUGAGCUCUGGUUGUCCCGGCUACUGCAGCGGCUCCAGUAGCCUCUGCCACAACAGGGGGAGGUGUAUCGAGAAGAGCAACGGCUACGUGUGCGACUGCUCCCAGUCCGCAUAUGGGGGAACAACCUGUAACCAAGAAGUGUCAGUGUCCUUCGACAUGGAGUCCUCAGUGACCUACACCUUCCAGGAGCCCUUCUCAGUGAUGCAGAACAGAAGCUCGCAGGCCUCCAGUGUUUCCACAGAAAGCAGCAGCAGAGCCAGAGAGGACGUGGCCUUCAGCUUCGUCACCUCCCAGAGGCCCACCAUGCUGCUGACUGUCAGCACCUUCAACCAGCAGUAUAUCGCUGUCAUCCUGGCCAAGAACGGGAGUCUGCAGAUCUGGUAUCACCUUCAGACAGAUAGGAGUCCAGACGUGUUCAGUCCUGCCCUCGGUAACCUGGCAGACGGACGACUCCAUCGAAUUCGAAUCCAUCGAGUGGGAAAAAACCUUUAUGUACAGAUCGACCAGGACAUCCACACAAAGUACACACUGUCAUCUGAUGCAGAGCUGAUCUUAAUCAGAUCCUUGACAUUGGGCAAAGUCACCAGGAUGGAGAACUUCAAUGAGGAAGUAAUGCAAGCAGCAUCUAAAGGUUUCAUUGGCUGCCUCUCCUCGGUCCAGUUCAAUCAUGUGGCACCGCUAAAGGCAGCGCUGACAAAUCGAGGAAGUUCACUGGUCACUAUUCGUGGUCCAUUGGUCCAAUCAAAUUGUGGAGCACUGGCAGAGUCCACCUCGCACAUACUGCAAGAUCAAACUGUAACAGCAAAUAAAGAUAAGGAGCAGCAUGGUAAUGGCACCCAGAAGGAUUUGGCUGUAAUAGCAGGUGUGGUCACAGCGGUGGUCUUUAUCGCUGUGUGUGCUCUGGCUGUGAUAAGCCGCCUCCUCUACCAGCAGCGGCGGGCCCAGAGGAGCAGCAGCAUCAAAGAGGAGAACAGACACAGCAUGUACACAGACUACAGGACAGAGCUGCACCUCCACAACUCAGCCAGAGACAACAUGAAGGAAUACUACAUCUGACCACAGUGUGCACUCCAUGGACCUAAGCCACAAACGUACCUCUCUCUUAUAAAGGACUAACAGGUGGACGUGCUGCUGCUGCUGCAAAAAACAUCUCUGUGCCCUGGAAGUCUCUCAGGAACACUGCAAACGCCUGUAGCCUGUAGUCCACUCUUAUAAUGCUCCAGUACAAGCAAGUGGCUGAAUCUUUACGGCUGUUAGUGUAUUUGAUGUUGGUGAAACUGUCAGAAUCAAGCUGCUGUGAUUUCUGUCAUUGCAAAAUGUGUAAAGCAAAAGAUGAAUGUUCUGCAGGGGCGGAGAGAGGGACAACACGAGAGCAGUGAGUGAAAGCUGCUGUCCAUCCUGAAUGCGCACAACUUUAAACGUUUUGUUAGAAUAUUUCCACAUUUCAGUGGGGCUCACUAAAUUGUACUUGGAAAUGUAGGCCAGGCCUGUAAGAUCUGCGUGCAUUCGCUGCUGUCUUUGUUUUUUUUUUCCCAGUGGUGGUGAAUGUUGUAGAAGAAGAAAGAGGGACAAUACUGCCUAUACUGUAUGAGUGCCUAAUUUGCAUACAAGUUUUUAUUUUAGCAUUUUAGAAGUUAUUUAAUGUGUGUUGCACAAAAAGCAGUCCCAUUUACACAUAGAAGAGCUUAUUGUCAUUCAGUUCUGCACCCGGCACUACAAAGAAUAAAAAGGAAUUUGAAUUUCCCAGUCAUG